UCGCGAUUCGAACAGCACUACAUCGGCUUCCGUGGCCGAAAUGAUCCUUACUACACUUUCUUCCAGGCGUUUGUCGUUCAAUUCAUUUCCUUUCCCAAACAAACGCAUAUCUUAACGCGAGUCGGGCGUAACUACACCCGGAAGGAAGGAGAAAAGGAGUAAAACACGCCCGUUCAGCUUUAGUGAAUCCGCUGCUAGGGACAUUGUGAACUGUCAUGGAUGAUAGUUAGCACGGACGCUAUCAGGGAACAGCUCGUUAGCCGAGCGAAUAUCGCUGUGUUUGGAGUGUGUUUGUGCUAAAGCAGCGCUAACGGGAUGCGAACAGCUCAGCACAGUUGUGUCGAAGUUGGAAAUACGGAAAUAACAGCCAUCCAUGGCCCACAUGAUCAUCAGUUAACUGGAAGCACAGUACCUCGUCGCCUUGUUUAGAAAGAUAUUAAAGUAUGCGGCUGUCAGAAGCGGUUCAUAUUUAGGUCGUGCGUCCACAGCAGGAUUUGUGAGCUGAGAUUAAAACACAGACAUGCCAUAACGUGCAGAGUUUCGCUUUAGAGCGGAAGUCCGCGUGUAGAUGUGAGGUCCUCUGACCGAUCAAAGCUCGUGAUGUCCGGCGAAAGCAGCGGCGAGGACUCGGACCGAGAGCCAGUCUGCACCGUCAAGCACCAGAUCACCAGCGCAAACCUCACGGGAUACACUGAGAAAGUCGGCAUGGAGAACUUCGAGCUUCUGAAAGUGCUGGGCACUGGAGCUUACGGGAAAGUGUUCCUGGUCAGAAAAAUCAGCGGCCAUGAUAAAGGCAAACUCUAUGCCAUGAAGGUUUUGAAGAAAGCAGCCAUCGUUCAGAAGGCAAAGACGGCGGAGCACACUAGAACAGAGCGGCAGGUAUUGGAACACAUCCGCCAGUCUCCCUUCCUGGUCACCCUUCACUACGCCUUCCAGACGCAAACCAAACUGCAUCUCAUACUAGACUAUGUGAGCGGAGGAGAGAUGUUUACUCACCUGUACCAGAGAGACCACUUCUCCGAGGAUGAGGUCAGGAUCUACGUGGGAGAAAUCAUUCUGGCCCUGGAGCACCUGCACAAGCUUGGCAUCGUGUACCGCGACAUUAAGCUGGAGAACAUUUUAUUGGACAGUGAUGGUCAUGUGGUUCUGACAGACUUUGGGCUGAGUAAGGAGUUUCUGGAAGAGGAGAAAGAGAGGACGUACUCAUUCUGUGGCACUAUAGAGUACAUGGCUCCAGAGAUCAUCCGAGGGAAAGCUGGCCAUGGCAAGGUGGUGGACUGGUGGAGUUUGGGGAUUCUGAUGUUUGAGCUGCUGACGGGAGCGUCUCCGUUCACUCUGGAGGGAGAGAGAAAUUCCCAGAGCGAGGUGUCCAAACGCAUCCUGCGCUGUGAGCCUCCAUUCCCCUCCAUCAUCGGACGCUUGGCUCAGGAUCUCCUGCGAAGGUUACUGGUGAAAGACCCCCAUAAGAGGCUGGGCUCUGGACCCCGAGGAGCCGAGGAGAUCAAGUCUCAUGCUUUCUUCAAGGGUCUAAACUGGUCCGACUUGGCAGAGAAAAAGGUUCAGAGUCCAUUCCGACCUGAGCUACGGAAUGAGUUGGAUGUGGGUAACUUUGCGGAGGAGUUUACAGGAAUGGAGCCGGUUUAUUCCCCUGCCAGCACUCCGCCCAGUACAGACCGUCUGUUUCAGGGCUACUCUUUUGUGGCUCCUUCUAUCUUGUUCAAUAAGAACGUGGUGAUGGCGGAUGUUCUGGACGCUCAUGUGAAUGUUGACAGGCCCGGUUCUGCUACAGUCCAGCGCAGUGCUAUGCUAAAGGAAUCUCAGUUCUUCCAGCACUAUGAGCUGUGCCUGCAGGGGGCUCCACUGGGCGAGGGGAGCUUCUCUAUCUGCAGAAAGUGCAGACACAGGCAGAGCGGACAGGAGUACGCUGUAAAAAUCAUCAGCAGAAGGAUGGAGGCCAUGACUCAGAAAGAGAUCGCAGCACUACGCCAGUGUGAAUCUCACCCCAACAUCGUCACGCUCCACGAGGUCUAUACCGAUCAGUAUCAUACGUAUCUGGUCAUGGAGCUGUUGCGAGGUGGAGAGCUGUUGGAGCGAAUAAGGAAGAAGAAGGUGUUUGCAGAAUGGGAGGCCAGUCAGCUGAUGAAGAGCCUGGUGUCUGCGGUCAGCUUCAUGCAUGAGGCCGGAGUCGUGCACCGAGACCUCAAACCUGAGUACACCAUGCUCUCUGGCCAAGUUCCGUUCCAGAGUGAGAAGAAAGGAAUGACAUCAUCGCACGCAGCUGACAUCAUGCACAAGAUCAAAGAGGGAGAUUUCUCAUUGGACGGGGAAGCCUGGAGGGGCGUGUCUGAAGAGGCCAAAGAUUUAUACACCAUGCUCUCUGGCCAAGUUCCGUUCCAGAGUGAGAAGAAAGGAAUGACAUCAUCGCACGCAGCUGACAUCAUGCACAAGAUCAAAGAGGGAGAUUUCUCAUUGGACGGGGAAGCCUGGAGGGGCGUGUCUGAAGAGGCCAAAGAUUUAGCAUUUAACCGGGGGAAGCGCGAGGGGUUUUUCCUCAAAAGCGUCGACAAUGCACCGCUAGCGAAACGCCGCAAGAUGAAGAUGUCCAGUACUGGUGUGGAGACCAGACGCAGCUCCUCCUCAUCAUCUUCAUCCUCCUCCUCUUCCUCAUCCGCUUCCCAUUCAGAGACGCAGAAUCGCCAGUCUUUGAAGCCCCACGAGGAGCCCAAACUGUCCGACUGA